AUGGGCUUUAUCAAGUCUGAAUCUGAUGCUUCUCUGUUUAGUUUGAAGAAUUUCGCUCAAACUGUUUAUGUACUCGUCUAUGCUGACGACAUUUUGAUCACAGGAAGGCAUCCCAGCUUGAUUAGACAUGUUAUUGAUUCCAUGGGUUCUCAAUUUUCUUUGAAUGAUCUUGGUUACUUAGACUACCUUUUGGGUGUCGAAGUUAAAAAAGUGUCAGAUGGGAUUAGUCUCUCUCAAUCCAAAUACAUUCUUGACAUUUUGUUGGAAUUGGAUAAGCUAGAUUGUAAAGGAGUCUUGACUCCAAUGUGCUCCGGUAAACUACCUCGGGCAGCUGAUGGUUCUCUUCUUGCUAAUGCUAAACUCUACAGGCGCACCCUUGGUAAGUUAUAA